CCCAGAGGUCUGGGGCCUUUACAAUCUGCCCAAAGAAAACGCCGAAAUGGCGGAUAACAUGAAGAAACGCAAGACCAAUGGGCAACCGACCGGACCCUCCGCCAAAAAACCACGAUUUCCGCUUAAACAGAAACCUACUAUCGCGACGAUGCCCACAACAACCGCGUACCCCGGCGGCGAGCUCAGUGUAUCGAAAUUCCUACGCGCACACGAAAAUGAGAUUAAAGCUCUGGAAAAUGGAAUCAAGGCUGCGAAGAAAGGACUCUCUCGCAGGGCAUUCCAGGACGUUCCGAGAGAGAUGCGACGACGUACCGGAAGUCAUAAUCCUCAGCGGGUACCCAAAAGAUUAAGGGCUAGGGCUAAACGGGAAGCAAACGAUGAUAAUACGCCAUUGCAUAAGGAUCGAAGUGGUAGCGGUAUUGGCAAAGGAAAUAAACAGAAAUGGCUGAGAAAAGAGAGCAUCGAUAAGGCCAAGAAAGCGAGGGAACAUCGUGAAAAGAGGAGGGCUGCGGGGGAAGCGAAUAAGGUGACAGUCACGUCUGAGAUGGAAGGAGUAGAGCAUUCUAGCCUUGGUGCACAAUCGAAAGGGUCGUCAAACAAAAUGUCUCCAGUUGCUGGACCCUCGAGGAAACUGCGUACCAAGGUAUUGCUGGCGAAACCUCCAACACCGCCUUCGCGAUUCCGAAGGCGGCAAUUGAACAAGACCUGGCUUCCGACACACGUGUGGCAUGCAAAACGUGCCACGAUGACUCCCUUUAAAGAGCCCAUGUGGAGAUUUGCGAUUCCGUUAGCGCCAGCUACAAAAGCUUAUCGAUUGACACACCGAGCGGUGACUCAACGAGGUGCUGUUGCGUGGGACAUGAGCUACAUAGCUACUAUCCGUCUAGAAGGUACAGAGGCGAGCAUUUCGGGUCUCCUUCAAACUUUGCAAUUUACAACUGCUGAAUCGGAAGAUCCAUGGAUCUCCGAUAGACGAAGCAAAAAGUGGAAGUCUGGUUCUCGCGCCUGGGAGGGUUGGGUUCAUAGAAGAGGAGGUGAUUCUUCAAGCAAGGUAGCACCUGUUACGGUCAUAUGGGAUGUACCCAAUGCCGAAAAUGAAACCAGAAGGGCCUUUGUUCGUGUUCAUCCAAGUGCAUUUAUGCAGGUUUGGAACAGGAUUGUUGCGGCCUCGAAAAUUCAGAAACCAAUCGUCAAAGUAGAGGACCUUCGAUUUGAGAUAGGGUCAAUAGAGAUCAUGGGUCCCGCAGCAGCAGAGACUCUCAGCGCAGUCUUGAAACCCGGCGGAGCGUCAGACGAAGGCAUUGAGUCCCCUUCAUCGCUAUGGCCUUUGCUCGCAGGAGUCACCGAUAUUGGCAUGCUACCGAAUGGGGCAAUGUUGGCAUUUCCAGUAUCUGAUCCGCGUCUUCGAGAUCCAUUGACCACUUCAUCAAUCAGUCAAACAUCCGAGCAUGAGAACCAGCUCCUACAAAUCCUUGCAACCUGGCCGAUCGAUCACACUCAAGGGUGUCCAGGCAUAUUUCAUCGCGAUAACAGAUUGGCAGCUGGGAGGUCCCUGCCAUCGCAGAAAUCAAUCAAUCGGCGAAAGAGCGCAGCACCUCCGGGUCUAUGUCCAGAAGCACGCCCAACAGAUCCCCAAAUCCCCAUGAUGGUCUAUACAUCCAAAAGAUCCAAAACAUGGACAGUUCUGCUGCCUUGGAAAUGUGUCAUGCCUGUCUGGAGAUGCCUGAUGCGCUACCCGAUUUCCAGUGGAGGCAAUCCGCGCCUUGGAGGUCUCCUCCAAAGGCAGCAGGUUGAAUUCGAGCGAUCUGAGCCCUCAUUCCCCCGAGAUUUUCCGGGCACUGAUGCAGGCUGGUCAUGGGAGCUUCAGGAACGGCAAGCUCGACAACAGGAUUGGGUCAGGAGGCCCAAGGGAAAAAGGAUCGAAUGGAAAACGCUCGACCUUGGUAAUGGCAGAAAAGGCGAGAUAGGAGAUCCUUGGGCUUGUCAUUGGGAGACUCUGUUACCAAAGAGGACACAGACCGCGGAAAAUCCCAAAAAUGACGCUGACGAAUUUUCCUCACCGUUCCAAUACCCAACAUCCCAAACUGCUGCCACCAUACUUGAAGACCAAUCUUCAUCGCGCAUUAUAUCUUCCUCGCCAUAUCUCCUCACGACUAGUAUCCGAAUGGUCGAACGUGGUACACCUCAGACCUGCGCUCGCAUUUACAGGCUACCAACGACUGAUCCAGAUAUGAGGAAAAGAUGGCUGUCACUUUUGCCGGAGCCUGCGAGCAAGUCACAACGACCUACAGGAAAGCGCACGAAUGCUAGCCUACAGAGUGCUAUUUCAUCAAAGAAUGCGCGUAAUAAGAAACUGGCUGCUAACCUACUUGAAUCUAUGGAUAGUACUGACAGAGUCAUCAACGCAAACAGUCCAAACUACCCCAUCGUCCCGGAUGAGGUCGAUCUGAUUGGCUUUGUAACGACGGGCAAUUAUAAUCUCGCAGAAGGUCGACCGUGUGCGAUCGCCAAUUUAUCUAUUCAGAAAGUAAUGGAAAGCGUCGAUUUGUAUGAUAAAGACGGGCUAUCACCUAACAAAGGGCAUAUCUGUAUCGUGAGAGAAGCUGGACAGGCUCUAGGCAGUAUGUCUGAGGACAGAGCAGCCGACGGCAAGACCGACGGCGGCGCAGCGCUUGGAGCCCUGUCGCCGGGCGCGCUGGCAGACUUGACGGCGGACGUACUCGAAGAAACAGUUCAAAACAUCAUAUUCAACACAGCGCUAUCAUGCCAUCGUUCAGAAAAGCUGCUCCGAAUGCAGUCCGCUGCGACCCAGGCCGAGUCGAUCGCACUAUCUACACUCGAACCGUCAUCACAAGUGAAAGGAUCGAGUAGCCAGAGCUCAGUUCCCACUGCAGAGACCCCGGCUGCGAAGUACGAGAAUGGACAGGUCUACUUGAAAGGCAAUCCUCUCAAGACUACACCGGAGAUCGUGUGUCCGCAUUGCAAACUGCCACGGCUGAUGCAUCCGAUCAUGGGAAAGGGCAUGCAGAACCCAGAUCUGACACGAGAGUAUUGUAAACUGUAUCCGUUCGUGCAACAAACGGGGCACGAUGUUUACGGAAACCCGUUCCCGACCGACAUGGCGAAGAGCAAGAAGGAGCGAGAAUUGAUAAAACAACAACAAAAGAAUGCGGAAAAGGAGAGUGUCGGCACCCCGAAUUCGCAAGACACAGAUAUGGCAGGUGGUGACACCCAGGGCAAAGAGAUCAAGCUCAAUACAGGAGGAAAGCCAGCGUCAUACGUCCCAUGGCACACGUGUCCAAGUUGUAAGAGGAGUCUUCUUAUUACAAGAUUUGCGCAGCAUCUUGAGAAAUGUCUUGGUAUUAGCGGGCGACAGAGCUCUCGCAAUGCCAUGGCAAAACUCGCCGGUCAGAACGGUACAGGGACUGGAGCGGGUAACACACCUCUGGGAAGCCGGAUGGGCACCCCUGCUCCAGGAUCGCAAGCCGAAGGCUCUUCGAAAGUGAAGAGUAAAGGUGUGAGCCCUGUGAAGAAAAUGCCAGACGAUGACGAUGAGGGAGACAAUGAUACGCCAGAUAAGAAGAAAAAGAAGAAAAGCUCGUACAUCAAAAAGGCCGACCGGUUAUCGAAAGAUUCAGGAUCGUUGAAAGUCAAGUUGAAGACCAAUUCAAGCAAAGAGAACCUUAAAAAUGCCGAGAGAAAGGGCAGGGAAGGGUCAGCAAAGCCUGAGAAGAGAGAGCGCGAGGAUAAUGAAGACGGCGCGCCCAAGGCGAAGAAGAUCAAACUCUCCAUGGGUAAAGGAGACGGACGAUCGCCACCCCCUGCUGCAUCAAACGCAGACUCCUAAGAUACCGUGAGGCAAGUAUUAUCAGGAGAGCCUGUCAAGCUCGUGCGCUAGGUCGUAGGAAUCCAGCAUUUUCAUGGCGUUACAGGCGGCAUUUCUUUCACGGGUAGGGAUUUCCAUGUCGAAGGCAUCGACUGGAUGGCGUUUUGCUUCGGGCUCCACAGGUUUCCUGUAGUGUGGUUGCCCUUGAAUGAUGAAAAGCAUUCACCCACUGUAACAGAAUAGUAGUUUACGUUGUAAUGCCUUUUCUUUCUGGCGAAACUGUAGUUUUAUACAUAAUAUGGAUUUUUCGAUGCUU